AUGAACAUUGAAUCAAAGUUUCAUACAAUCCCCUACUUUUUCGUGCUUCUACAAUUCAUUUGCGCUUUUCUUGUCAAUUCCGCUUCAUUGCGCAAUUCAUUCAUAAGACGAAGCGGCAUCGAAUCAAACGGGUAUGACUUUAAGUUUUUGGAAAAGCAACUCAUGUAUGACAGUGAUGACUCAAACAUCCAUUCUUCUCAGCAGUUGCAACGUCAUAUUGAUUCUUAUCAAUCAAUCAUAGAUUCGCAUAUUAAAGCUGGACAGACGACGGCGCCUAAAGAUAGCACAGAGGGAGCGAUUUUAGCACUUCGUGUACCACAGCAAAAGAAGGUCAAAAAGAGUACGUCCAGAGAUAUGAAACGCAAUCGUGAAUGGAGGGAUGAAAAUCGUGAUCGGAUCAAUGCUGGUAGACGAAAAAUGUAUGGAGAUUCAGCAAGUGCGGCCGGAAGAAAAUAUGCACCCCAAGGUAAGCGAGUCAAGAAUUCAACGCAAAUGAAACCGAAAAUAAAGCCAAUACCAAAAGAACCUGGUUAUUAUACCGAAGCGAAAAGACAAGAAAGAAGGAUGAAAAAAACAAUGAAAAAGGGUAUGACCAUGGAAAUGGCUCGCGAGGAGGCGAUCAUGCAUUUGAAAAGCUUAAAGUUGAAGCGUGUGGGUAAAUUGUGA